CGUAACAGAUAGAUAACGACCUAAUUCAUAAAGUACUUUUUUUAUAUUGUAAUAUAGUUGAAAUCAUUUGAGAGCAAACAUGUCGUGGUUUGCGGGUAAAAAGUAUAAACGAGUGAAAUGUGAAAAUAUAUUUGAAUUGAUAAAAUCACCAAAUGCAAACGAACAAAUUAUUCGUUUACUAACGGACAGUCCACCGGUUAUUGCCUUUAAUAAGACCGGAGAAACGAAUUUGACGCUAUCAAUACUGACAGACGAAAAAAACUUUCAUUUCAAUUUUAUUAUUGGACAAGAACACGAAAUGGAAAAGAGAGAUGGAAGUAAGAUAAAAUAUAUAUACGAAAUAAUAGGCGAUAACGUUUUAAAACAAACACUUAAAAUGCCCGAUGGAAAGACUGCUUAUUUCACGAGAGAGUUUACAGAGACUGAUUCAAAAAUGGAAGUUAAAUUCGCAGGUUCAGAAACAAUCGCUACAAUAUAUUACCAAGUGGUCGACUGAGAGCCCUCCCAUGUGAUCAUGCAUCAGUAUUCAUACGCGGAAAUGGUUAAUUUGGAAUAGAUAUUAAAAUUAAUUUAUUGUAUAAAUAUUAUUAUAAGGGU